GCUCGUCCAACGUGACGUGGCCACCCAAGGACUGCUUCCAAAACACGAAACCCUACUUUUGAACGGGAGCGUGCAGCCCCACACCUCCCCGGGCUCCCGUCAAACGACCACGACCUCAACCAACACGACCGCGCUCAUUUCGGCACUUACAGGGAAACCCAAAGCAUAAAAGACAAUGAGGCUCCUUCACCAAGCUGGACAACGCGCCUGGGGCGCCUCCCGCGCACUUUCUUCCAGAACCACCGUUCUCUCGCAAUGCAUUCACCACCAGCGCUCACAGAUCGCCCUCAGGACCUCGACCUCUGCCUCGGAGAGACAAUCUCUCAGGAACAUGGCCACCGAGCAAUCUAAAGGCUCGAACUACGGCUCUCAGAAACCCUUCAAUGCGGCCGGCGCUUUGACUCACCACGCAGAGAAGAAGCAAUGGAAGGAUCUCAGCACGCCCGAGAAAGUCGUAACAGCAACAAAGGCCACUACCAACUAUACAGUCAUCGCUGUAGGAGUCGUCCUUGUCGGAGCUAUCGGAUACGCCAUCGUCUCAGAACUCUUUGGGCCCAACAGCGACACCCACGUCUUUGGCGAUGCGCUCGAAAAGGUCCGCAACAACGAAAGGCUCCAGGAUGUCAUUGGGUCCCCCAUGAAGGGGCACGGAGAGCCCUCCUCUAGCAAAAGACGCCGGAAUCGUCGUAUCCAAUCGCAAGUGGUUCUGGACGCAGAGGGCAAGGAACAUCUUUUGAUGCGGUUUUACGUCGAGGGACCCGAUAACGAGGGAACAGCACAUUUGGAGAUGGUCAAGGAUCAGCGCAGCAAUUGGGAGUACAAGUAUCUCUUUGUUGAUAUCCCAGGUGGCGUCAGAGCUGCAGAACGCGUUUUCGUUGAGUACAAUAAGAAUGCAGGAGUGCCUGCCAUUGAACACAAGUAGAGGAAUGUUUGCGGAUCAAAUGGAUCGUCGGCCAUUUAUUGUCAAUAAAAAGGACUCGGUCAAAAUGAAG